AUGGACGAGGACGUGGACGACUGGGACGGCGUCCUGCGGAGCGAGCCCGCGGACGCGGGUCUGCUGCAGGACGCGCUGCACGACUUCUACCCUUUUACGCGUCCGCGCGCCGCCGGCGGUGGCAGGCGCGGCCUGUCCGCGGUCGGCGCCGACGACGCCAGGGCAGCAGCAGCUGCGUUGGUGCCGGUAAAGCAGGAGGGGUUCGUCUUUCCCAGCCCUUUCGCAGGCGUCGACGGGAACGGCGAGUACCCGAUGAUGCCGCAGGGCCUACUAGAGGACGUGAUCCACUCCCCGGCGUUCCUGGAGGUCGUGGCCACGCGCUGUGGCCGCAGGGGCUGA